CCAAAGCUAAAUCAAAAGCAUAGCUAAAAAUAUUUUACAUCAAGUUCUUCUUCUAAAGAUUUAAAAAAUGGUGAAAAAACAUAAAGGUACAUUAGCUGUAAUUGAACAGAUAUACGAAGAUAUACCAGCUUUUACCGACAUUUUCACUGAAGAAUCAUUUUAUACAUUCGUAUUUUGCUUUGUAUGUGCUACUAUUAUAGUAGCAUUCAUAUUAUCGAGAUUCAUUACUUUGAAGCCUGUUGAAUUCUAAUUUUAAUCAAAUAAAAAAAGAUUAUUAAAAUAGCAUAAUAAAGAUCACUGUUAUGUACAUAUA